AUGGAUACACCUAACCUCGGAGGAAAUGCCUUCUACCUGGCCUGCUAUGCGGUCCUCCUCCCGCCUCAAAUAUUCCUUGGGAUUCGGUACAAGACUUGGGGCUUCUCUUUCGGAGUGCUCUGUGGUCUCGUCCUGGAAAUAGUUGGGUACGCUGCUCGCAUUCAGCUGCACUAUCACAAGGACACAUUUGUCAUGUAUCUAGUUUGUCUUACCAUCGGGCCGGCCUUUUUCAGCGCCGCUAUCUACCUAUGCCUAGCCCGCGUCAUCGAGGUCUACGGAAACCACCUCUCGCGCUUUCGUCCACGAACAUACACCAUCACCUUCAUGGUCUCCGACUUUAUCGCCCUUGUUUUUCAAGCGUCCGGGGGGGCAAUACUUGGGCGCCGGGAUCCGGCCAUGAUGGACAUGGGCCUGGCCAUUAUCCAGACCGGACUGGCGGCGCACCUGGUUGGCAUUGCCGCAUUUGUAAUAUUGGCUGUGGAAUUCGGAAUUAGAACAUACAAGGGCCGCGGGCAGUGGAACCCAAAGUUCGAUUCUUUGCAGAAGGCCCGGAAGUUUCACUGUCUCCUCAUAAGCCUCGCUGGAUCAACAUUGUGUAUAUUUGUCCGGACCGCUUUUCGAGUUGCGGAGCUUCGUCAAGGAUUAAACAGCAAGCUUGCCAAUAACGAGGUGGCGUUUAUGCUGCUUGAAGGAGCCAUGGUUGUCAUUGCUGCCACCUGCAUUACAGCUUCCCACCCGGGCGUUGCGUUUCAGGGCAGAUGGGGGGAGGCAGAUUUCCAGCUUCGUUCGAGAAGGGAAAAGAAUGGUUUCCAAGAAGCAACCUCAAGCCCUGUACCACUGGGACCAAUAUAG